AUGUCUCCUACAGCUCUGAGAAAUACCGACACGGUCGAGAUCGUGGAUAUUCACCAGAAUGACAUGGAAUUCUCACUCGUGGAUGAUAUCUACAAGAAUUUGGACCCGCCAGCAGAUACACCACGCACAUUCCCUACCCUCCUACUCUACGACGCCAAAGGACUGAAGCUCUUUGAGAAGAUCACAUACCUGGACGAAUACUAUCUUACCAACACGGAAAUUGAGGUCUUGACAAACCAUGCAAAGCGGAUAGUCGAGCGCAUUCCGGAUAAUGCACAGUUGGUGGAGCUUGGUAGUGGAAACCUGCGCAAGGUCGAGAUUCUACUCCGCGAGUGUGAACGAACGGAAAAGAAAGUGGACUAUUACGCGUUGGACCUCUCCCUGGUGGAAUUGCAGCGGACGUUCUCCGAGAUCUCGCCCGAGAGCUUCGUGCAUGUGGGAUUCCAUGGUCUCCAUGGAACCUAUGAUGACGCCGUUGGGUGGCUGAAUAGCCCAGAAAACAGACAGCGGCCGACGGUUGUCAUGUCAAUGGGAUCUUCCAUGGGUAACUUUGGUCGUACCAGCGCUGCCGAAUUUUUGGGUCGUUUCUCAAAGUUGUUGAGCCCGUCUGAUUUCAUGCUGAUCGGAUUGGACGCCUGCAAGGACCCCGAGAAGGUGUUCAAAGCAUACAACGAUAGCGAAGGCAUUACCCGCCAAUUUUAUGAGAAUGGCCUACUGCAUGCCAAUGCGGUGCUUGGCUUCGAGGCCUUCAAGCCGGGUGAAUGGGAGAUCUUGACUGGGUACGAUAGUCGCGAGGGACGGCAUCAAGCCUGCUAUGCUCCCAAGGUCGAUGUGGUCAUCAAUGGCAUCAAGAUCCCUAGAGGGGAAAAGCUCGUCUUUGAGGAAGCGUGGAAAUACGGCCGGGAUGAACGGGAUGAGUUGUGGCGAAAGGCAGACCUAAUCUCCCAAGUGGAGUUUGGGAACCCUACUGAUGAUUAUCACAUCCACCUACUAUCACCCGCCGCGCUGGAUAUAUCCACAGACCCUUUGCAAUAUGCAACUCAGCCAAUCCCAACCAUCGAGGAUUUCCAAUCACUAUGGACUGCGUGGGAUCUUGCGACCAAAACCAUGAUUCCCCGAGAAGAGCUUUUGUCAAAGCCAAUCAAGCUCCGAAAUGCGCUUAUAUUUUACCUCGGCCAUAUCCCAACAUUUUUCGAUAUCCAUUUGACCCGGGCAUUACAGGAGGAUCCUACUGAGCCUAGAUAUUAUCCAAACAUUUUCGAGCGUGGCAUCGACCCAGACGUUGAAAACCCGGAGCAAUGUCAUAACCACAGUGAAAUUCCCAACGAAUGGCCACAGUUGGACGAAAUCCUGGAUUAUUCAGAGAAAGUACGAAACCGCGCGAGAUCAAUUCUACAGGAAGGAUCUGCAUCACAAGACCGAACUCUCGGAGAGGCCCUUUGGAUUGGUUUUGAACAUGAGGCCAUGCAUCUGGAGACCUUCCUCUAUAUGCUACUUCAGAGCGACAAAACCUUGCCACCUACGGGAGUUGAGCGUCCAAAUUUCGAGGAAAUUAGCCGAAAGGCCAAGAAGGAUGAGAAACCAAAUAAAUGGUUCACUAUCCCGGCGCAGACAGUAAAGAUUGGCUUGGAUGACAGCAAUGAAGAAGUCAUGCCCAAGAGUUCUUUCGGUUGGGACAAUGAGAAACCCCACAGAACGGUCUAUGUCCGUGCCUUCGAAGCCCAAGCACGACCCAUUACCAACGGUGAAUAUGCCAAAUAUCUACAAGCUCAUGGCAUUCAAACACUCCCUGCAUCUUGGGUGUUGAUUUCACGACAAGACAAUCCGAUCUCGAGAGGAAUUGGCCAAUCAAGUGCCCAAGCUGGAUCGAGUUCCCAUUCAACGGGCUUCUCCACAGACAGUAUUGCUGUACGAACAGUCUUUGGGCCUGUCGCUUUCAAGCAUGCCCAGGACUGGCCGUUGAGUGCUUCUUAUGACGAACUAGCGAGCUAUGCAAAGUGGAUGAACUGCAGGAUCCCGACCUUUGAAGAAACCAAGAGCAUCUAUCAGUACUCUGAACAGAUUCAGGAUCAUCAAGUUACAAAUGGUUAUAGCAAUGGGACAAAUGGAACUUAUUCCCACGAUAUGAAGCCUCGCUCUGCUGACCAGGGACUCUUCUGUGAUCUCAAGGGCUGCAAUGUGGGUUUCAAGAACUGGCACCCCGUCCCAGUUACUCCCAAUGGCGACAAGCUAGCUGGUCAAGGUGGCAUGGGAGGUGUCUGGGAAUGGACCAGCACACCAUUGACGCAACACGAGGGAUUCAAGCCUAUGGAAAUUUACCCUGGAUACACAUCGGACUUUUUCGAUGGCAAGCACAAUGUUAUCCUUGGAGGCUCUUGGGCUACGUUGCCCCGCAUCGCCGGCCGGACUAGCUUCGUCAAUUGGUACCAACACAACUACCCAUAUGCCUGGGCUGGAGCGCGGCUGGUGAGAGAUGUGUAG